GUUAUGCAUUCAUGACACAGAUGCUUAAAUCUUUGGCUAACGGGAAAAUUGUUCUUGCUCUUGAAGGCGGAUAUGUUUUGGAGCCAUUAUCAGCAUCUGCUUGUGCCUGUUUGUCAGCCUUACUUGGACCUGAAUUGUCACCUUUAGAACAAUAUCAGUUGAUUGGUGGUUUAAAUUCCGUAAAACCAAAUUCGGCUGCUGUUUCUUCAUUUCAGAAAGUUGUAGCCACGCUAAAACAAUAUUGGAAGUUCCCGGAAGAAGUCAUGCGCGAUGACUUUCGAUUUUCACUACCAAGCGAAUGGCGUGCAGUAAAUAGCUUAUCAACGAGGCCAAAACGUGCACCAAAGCCAAAACGUAGAAUGCCUGUAGAAGGUUAA